CCGGAGUGCGAAAUGUGGAAAAUGCUGGAGCUGACUGAAGUUUCAGUUCUGACCUUCCGCUUGAAGCUUCAAUCAAGAAAUGGAAACCGAAACUUAACAUCCAGGUGGAGCCUACAGGCAAAUGGGAGCAACAGGGGCAGGAACCACACGCCUGCUGAUCCUCCACAUACGCACACACACAGCUCCGCUUCUCCAUGGCUUCCAGCUCGGGCAUCAAAGCUGAGCUAACAUGCUCGGUGUGCCUGGACCUGUUCCAGGACCCGGUGCUGACCCGCUGUGAGCACACCUUUUGCCGUCGCUGCGUGCUCCAGUUCUGGGGCCAGCAGCGGCGCAACAUCUGCCCGCUGUGCCGCAAGGUCUGCCCGUCCGCCCAGCUGCUGAGGAACCGGGCCCUGGCCGGGGUCCUCGACUCGCUCCGCCAGCGUGAGGACGUGCAGCUCUGCGCUGCCCACCAUCUGGAGAAGAGUCUCUACUGUUGCGACGACCAGCAGCUGCUGUGCUAUCAGUGCAGGGACUCGCCUCGCCACCAGGGACACACGGUGCUGGGCAUCACCGACGCUAAGGCCCGCUACAAGGAGGAAAUAGAAAAUACGCUGAAGUCACUUCAGGACAGAAAAAGCAAAUGCGAAGCAUUGAAAAUUAAAUCGGAGAAGUACAUGGCAAGAUUACAGGACUGGGCGCGGCAGACAGAGAGCCAGAUCAAGAACUCAUUUCGUAAACUGCACGUCUACUUGAACGAUGAGGAGAGCAGCCUGAUCCAACAGGUUCGGCAGGAGGAGCGCGAUUCCAGCCGCAAGCUGCAGAACAUGACUGAGGAGGUGUUCCAGGAACUGAGGGUACUGCAGAGCAGCAUCCAGGAAGUCGAGAGGCAGAUGCAGGAUGGCAUCCUCGACCUGAAGGGUGUAAAGGACAUACAAGCAAGACUGGCCCACACUCUGCCCACCCCAGUCCUGAUAAUGCACAAGGUGCCGUUUGGGAAGUUUGCAGGACCCACAGAAUAUAAAGUGUGGAAAAAUCUGAGGAAGUUUGUGGACACAGUGCCGUCCACCCUCAGCCUGGAUGCAGAGAGCGCCCACCCGAACCUGGAGAUCUCGGCAGACGGGAGCUCGGUGCGGCUGAAAACGCCCCAGCUGUCGCAGGUCGUGUGUAGCCGGCUCAGCCUGGAGCCGUGCGCGUUGGCGGCGCAGGGCUUCAGCAGGGGCUGCCACUACUGGGAGGUGUCGGUGGCGGGGGAGGGCUGGGCAGUGGGGGUGGGCAGCCGCUCGGCGCUAGAACGCGGCCGACUGGCCCUGGCACCUCAGGCCGGCAACUGGCCGCUGACCUUCCACAACGGGGCGUUCGAGUGCUUCUACCCGCUGCACACCCUGGCCGCCAGCAGCAAGCCGCAGCUCAUCGGAGUCUUCCUCAACCUCGACAGUGGCUACCUCUCCUUCUACGAUGCCCGGGACAUGUCCCACAUCUUCACUGUGCCCAGCAAGAGCUCCGAGCGCCUUCACCCCUGCUUCGUGCCGCCAUCGUCCGGCGAAACCCUGAGCGUCGCCCGCUCUGAGCGCUGGGAGACUCUGGCUCUGUGCAGCACAUGAAGGGGGCAAGGACUGACGGUCACCCUGUUGUCCUCUUUCUAAUUCUCCCCCUUCCCCCCCCCACCCUGCACACACACACGCACUUCUUUCCUGUCUGCCUCUGCCCUUCUGUCUCUCUUCAUCUCUGUGUCUUUAUCUCCCCCUCCCUGUCUCUUUCUUUCUCCUUUCUCCCCGCCUUCAUCCUGUUAGUCUGUUUCUGUCUCUCUCUCUCUCUGGUGCCUUCUCUGCCUUCUUCUCCCUCCUCUCAGAGAGUAGUAAGGGAAUGGAACGCUUUGCCUGCAACGGUAGUAGAUUCGCCAACUUUAGGUACAUUUAAGUCGUCAUUGGAUAAGCAUAUGGACGUACAUGGAAUAGUGUAGGUUAGAUGGGCUUGAGAUCGGUAUGACAGGUCGGCACAACAUCGAGGGCCGAAGGGCCUGUACUGUUGCUGUAAUGUUCUAUGUUCUAUGUUCUCCACCUCCCCCCACUCCCCCCCUCUCCU